UAGUGUGUGCUGGAUUUGGUUUUAAACGACAGGGGCGAGCGGGAGUGUGUAACUGGACUGGAUUCAAGCAGUGUUGUGGUGUCCAGAUGGCGACAGAUAUUGUUGCGCAGUUGGCCGACUCUCUGGCCCAGACAGGAGUAGAGGAAGGAGAGCUGAGCUACAAAGGCCAGGGAAGAAAGCUGAAUGAUGCCCAGUCAGUGGAGGAGAUGGUGAAGGAGAUCCAGGACUUUGAGGGUUUAAAGGCUCUGAGGUUGGAGGGGAACACUGUCGGUGUGGAGGCAGCACAGGCCAUCGCCAAGGCCCUAGAGACUAAGAGCGAGUUCAAGCGCUGUUAUUGGAGUGACAUGUUCACAGGUCGCCUGCGCUCUGAGAUCCCACCUGCCCUGAAUUCACUGGGUGAUGCUCUGAUGCUGGCAGGUGCCAGGCUGACCGUUUUAGACCUCAGUGACAACGCCUUCGGACCAGACGGGGUGAAGGGCAUCGAGAACUUGCUCAGGAGCACCGCCUGCUACACACUGCAGGAGCUGCGGCUCAACAACUGUGGCAUGGGCAUCGGAGGGGGGAAGAUCUUGGCUGCCUCGUUGAUCCAGUGUCAUAAAAAAUCCAGUGCAGAGAGCACCCCCCUCAGCCUGAGGGUGUUUGUUGCAGGGAGGAACCGACUGGAGAACGAUGGAGCCACUGCCCUCGCUCAAGCUUUCCAGUUGAUGGGCAGCCUGGAAGAGGUUCACAUGCCCCAGAAUGGCAUCAAUCACCCCGGUGUGACAGCCCUGGCCACAGCCAUGCAGCACAACACAGGACUCCGCAUCCUCAACCUCAACGACAACACCUUCACUGAGAGGGGGGCGAUCGCCAUGGCUCAGGCUCUGAAACACCUCCGCAGCAUCCAGGUGAUAAACUUCGGAGACUGUCUGGUGCGGCCAGCAGGAGCCAAAGCUAUAGCGGAAACUGUAUCAGAGGGACUCCCAAUCCUCAAGGAACUCAAUCUGUCAUUCGGCGAGAUCACAGAGGACGCUGCUCUGGCUGUGGCACAAGCAGUAAAGGACAAAGACCAGCUGGAGAAACUGGACCUAAAUGGUAACUGUCUAGGAGACGACGGCUGCAAAGCUCUGAAAGACGCCAUGGAAGGCAUGAACAUGGCCGAGCUUCUAGGAUCACUCAGUGAUGACGAGGGUGAACCAGAGGAUGACGACGAGGACGAGGACGAAGAUGAAGAGGAGGAUGACGAGGAGGAGGAUGUGGAUGAGGAGGAAAUAGAGGAGGAAGAGGAAGAAGAGGAGGAAGUGGAAAGCAAUGGCAACAAGUUGUCCACCCCGGCAUCAGCACCGCGGCCACCAGAUGUCUCCUCCUUCCUCAGCUUUCCGUCCCCUGACAAACUGCUCAAGCUCGGGGCAAAGAGAGCUUUGCUGAUUGAGCAGCAGGUGGAUGUAACAGAUGCUGCAAAAACAGCUGAAGCCUUCCUCAAGAUUGCAUCAGUGUACAAGGAGGAGAAUAAUGAUAUUAAGAAUGCAGUGUUGGACAGUAUCGAUGCUCUUCUGAAGAAAGCUUUCACCACUCCUUCCUUCCAAGGCUACAGCUUUGUAUCAUCCUUGUUAGUGCUGCUUGGACUUAUCAAGAGUGAGGACAAGGUGAAGCCUGUGCUCGUUGUUCCCGGUCACCUCCACGCGUUGGAGCACGUCGUUCGACAGGACUACUUCCCCAAAGAGAGCGUGGCUGUGCUGGAGGCCUUCAUGUCCCGAAACAACAAGGCCAUGGAGUCAUGUGGCAAUGCCAAAAGAGGCCUCCAAUCCACACUGCAGAGAGUCCAAUCUGAGAGCUGAAGACUGGACACACACACACACACACACACACACACACACACACACACACAGACUGAACUUUGACUGAUCACUGCUGGACCUUAGGAAACCGGAACAGGAGCAACACUCCACUCAGGCGCACUUCCCUGUGUCACCACAGACCUUCAGCACCAACUCCUUUUCUGGACUCUGGACUGGACUUGAAUGCUUCGUGUUUUGAAGUGGACUAUCCUCUUAUGGCGUGGACUAAUUGAAGUACUUCCGAGUACACUCAUCUAACCACAGGACAGCACUGACAACUGUGUCUUCAUGCUCUUUGUAUCAUGGUGAAUUAGAAAGGCCUCGCUCCCCACGUGACCCAAGAUCUGUCUCCUGGUCAGUGACUGAGGCACACAUCACACUUUGGGGCAAACUAGAGAGUAAACUAAAGUUCUCACCAGGACUGAACAUCAGCUGUUGUACAUUUUCUAUUUCAUAUCUACCUUUACUAUUCUUUUUUUUUUUUUAUCAAAUGUUUAUUAAAUUCCCCAAAAUAUGAUCAGACAACAGUUUUAUUAAAUAUGUGUUGAGUGUUAAAUAUGAUCAAAAUAAGGCUGUAAAGUAUAAUAAAUCAAAAGGGAGUGAAUAGGUCUAAAUGUAUUUUCUGCCUUUAAUGAGACACAAAGUGCAAAGUUUUUGCAUUUGUGUUUCAAAAAUAAAGCUGUUUUGAGUGUUGA